AUGGAUAUACUUAAGAGGGAAAAUGAAUCGGACAAGUUUACGAAAAUAGAGACUGAAUCUACUACGAUACCAACCGGGUCGGGCAGACCUGACUCACUGGUUAGGAGAAUGAAGGACUCCUUCAAGCAAAGCAACUUGCAUGUCAUAUCAGAAGACCUUGAAAACAGUGAACAGACAGAGCAGGAAAAAAUCCAAUGGAAACUAGCUUCUCAACCUUAUCAAAAAGUUUUGAGCCAAAGGCACUUGACCAUGAUUGCCAUAGGUGGUACUUUGGGGACGGGGCUCUUCAUUGGUUUAGGUUACUCCUUGGCGUCUGGGCCUGCCGCUUUGUUGAUUGGUUUUUUGUUGGUUGGAACUUCUAUGUUCUGUGUUGUUCAGAGUGCUGCAGAGCUUUCCUGCCAGUUCCCGGUUUCUGGUUCAUACGCCACACAUGUCAGCAGGUUCAUAGAUGAAUCGAUCGGGUUUACUGUAGCUACAAACUAUGCUCUAGCUUGGCUGAUUUCAUUUCCGAGCGAAUUAAUUGGUUGUUCACUUACAAUUUCGUAUUGGAACCAAACUGUUAAUCCUGCCGUUUGGGUGGCUAUUUUUUAUGUUUUUAUUAUGGUAUUGAACUUGUUUGGCGUGAGAGGCUUUGCAGAGACCGAAUUUGCCUUGUCAAUUAUCAAGGUCAUUGCUAUAUUUAUCUUUAUUAUUAUUGGUAUCGUCCUAAUUGCCGGAGGAGGGCCCAACUCUACGGGAUAUAUUGGAACUAAAUACUGGCACGACCCAGGUGCGUUCGCGAAGCCCGUCUUCAAGAAUUUGUGUAACACAUUUGUUUCCGCCGCCUUUUCCUUCGGUGGCAGUGAAUUAGUACUGUUAACAAGUACAGAAUCUAAAAACAUUUCAGCUAUAUCACGUGCUGCCAAAGGUACGUUCUGGAGAAUUGCGAUUUUUUACAUCACGACCGUUGUCAUUAUCGGAUGUCUGGUGCCUUAUAACGAUAGUAGGCUGCUCAGCGGUUCGACUAGCGAAGAUAUCUCUGCGUCCCCCUUUGUUAUUGCUUUGAGUAACACAGGAUCAAUGGGCCAAAAAGUUUCCAACUUCAUGAAUGUUGUUAUCCUUGUUGCAGUGGUAUCCGUUUGCAAUUCGUGCGUUUAUGCUUCUUCGAGACUAAUUCAAGCUCUAGGUGCAUCAGGCCAACUUCCGUCAAUCUGUUCCUAUAUGGACAGAAAAGGAAGACCUUUGGUUGGUAUUGGGAUUAGUGGCGCAUUUGGUCUUUUAGGUUUUCUUGUAGCCUCGAAAAAGGAGGACGAGGUCUUUACUUGGCUUUUCGCUCUUUGUUCCAUUUCAUCAUUUUUCACAUGGUUUUGUAUUUGCAUGUCACAGGUUAGAUUUAGAAUGGCUUUGAAAGCGCAAGGAAGAUCCAAGGACGAAAUAGCUUACAAAUCUAUGCUGGGUAUUUACGGAGGAAUUUUAGGAUGCAUACUAAAUGCUUUGCUAGUUGCAGGUGAAAUAUACGUGUCUGCCGCCCCGGUUGGCAGCCCUAGCUCCGCCGAAGCCUUCUUUGAGUACUGUUUAAGUAUUCCAAUUAUGAUUGUCGUUUAUGUUGCGCACAGAAUUUAUCGAAGAGAUUGGAAAAACUGGUAUAUCAAGAAAAGUGACAUUGAUCUUGACACCGGAUGUUCCGUGGAGAAUCUGGAGCUUUUCAAAGCGCAAAAAGAAGCGGAGAAACAACACAUUGCUUCUAAACCGUUCUACUACAAGAUUUAUAGAUUUUGGUGUUAG